AUGGACUUGUUCGAUUCUACAAAGGCUGUUUAUCAGAAAAUCGAGAAGAUAGAGCCCCAAAACGUCUCAAAAAUCAUCGGCCAUCUCCUACUAAAAGACCAACCCGAGCUUGAAAUGAUACGCCUUGCCUUCUGUCCAGACCAAGCCCUCCAAAUCUUGGUCGAAAAAGUCAAGCUAGAGCUUGAUUUAUCCCCAAAGCCAACCAUCUCAAACCUCCCUACAACAAUGUUCACACUUUUUACACCUCCUUUACCUCAAAAUGGCCUUGGGAUUCCUCAGUUUGGGCCGUCUAACUUUGACACCCCAUAUUAUUAUCAAAUGCUCGAUUUUAGGCCUCUAGACGUGCCUGAUAUGCAGGUCUGCAAUAGCUUUAGGCAGGGUUAUUGUAAGUAUGGUGGUAGCUGCAGAUUCUUGCAUGUUUUUCAAAUGCAAAAUGGUGAUUGUAUGGUGCUUAACCCUCCACCAUCGGAUGAGGUGAUGUCGAGUGCUUCCCUUAAGCAGCUCGAGAUUGAACUGGUCGAGCUUUUGAGAUGCACACGGGGCAUCCCCGUCUCAGUCUCUUCCUUGCCUAUCCUAUACUUUGACAGGUACAGGAAGGUGCUUCGGGUUGAGGGCUAUCAAAUGGAGAUUCACAGACUUCUUGCUCGAAUGACUACAACCUCCAUUCGUUUAACUAACAAGCCACACAGGAGGCAGUCGAUAAUCUUAGAAGAAGACAUGCACAGAUACGUGAGAUUUAGAGCUGAAAACGGGCACCAACUGCAAGUUUACCUAACUUUCCCACCAGAGAGCACUUUUAGUGAGCAAGAUGUGCUUAACUAUUUCAACAAUUUUGGACCUGUUCAAAAAGUUAGGAUUCCUAGUCAAGUGCAGAGGAUGUUCGGAUUUGUGGCCUUCGUUUAUCCUGAAACGGCCGCUCUAGUUCUCACGAAAACCAACCCUCACUACAUCUGUGGAUCACAAGUGCUGGUGAAGCCUUUUAGAGAAAAUGAGGAUAAAGUCCAUGAUAUCAAGACUUUCUUGACGCAGAAUAAUCCAAGCAAGAUUUUGCAACUUGACUCGGAGAUCUAUUGGGAAAACGUCAGACUGAAGAUCACGGUCGAGCUUGAUGCUAGGAGUGAUAUUUUAUAA